UGAGCUGGAGAGAGAUGCAGGAGGGUGGGUAGCGUAGGAAAACGAAAUAGUAAACUCUGAGAAUAAGGUCGGUGGCAAGAUAAAUGUGUUUGGCAUGUUACUUUUGUGCAGUAUGUGUUAACGCAUUGAUAACUAACUUCUGUUAUAUGUUGUGAGCUUUGUUACCGUGACCAUAAUGUACAAGGACUGAAGGAGGAGUGGUGUUUUAAACUGGUUUGCGGUGACGCAUAGCUAGAUCAUCGCUAGCCAACGUUACUACCCAGCAGUAGAGUAGACUUUGUCGGCCCAUCAAAUUAAUACGUAACAAUGUGCUGGCUUUAAUUAUGGUUGUAUUUGGGAUUAUUCGCUAUUGGGAACUAUGUAGAUAUUGAUCUCGAUUUAAUCUAAGUACAAAGAAAACUGACUCUGAACUGUACUGUAAUCAAUAUGACAAAUCUGUAGCAGUCAGGCCUAGCCAGGGAUAGGCCGUGGUCACUGGUCAUAGACUGGAGGUUUGAGCGGUAUUUCAACUAGUACCGGGUGGUUCCGUGUAGUUCAGCCGUGCCUGGGUCUCUUUCGACCGACCAGAGCAGCUGCACGCAUUGCUCCUUCGCUACAAAUAGCUAGAUUAAAGCGUAAAUCAGAAAGCGAAAUCGGAGGGAUAGGACUGGAGAAAUGUAUCUACUCUCAAAUUCAUAGACAGAGCUAUGGAUGAAAGGACUGACCAUCCAUGAUAUCAAAAUAAUAGUUUUAACCAUGUUUUGAGGCUUUAUAAUGUUUGUUUACAUUUACUUUGUUUACAAACAUUGAAGGUUAACAAGCUUUUAUUUGGGUUCUGAUGGGAGUGUGUCAGUUGAACUAAGAUGGAGGCUUUUCUAAGUUGUAUUCUUCAAGAAUCGAUGGGUCCAUAUCAUUAAUUUAGCAACUGCUGAUUGCACCUUUAAUUAUAGUGUAAUUAUUGUAUUUGUUCAUGUUUUAUUAGGAUCCCCAUUAGCUGUUACAAUAACAGUAGUCCCUCUCCCUGGGGUCCUAAUCGAGGAGGCGGAAAGGGCAGAGAGAGGGAUAGCCUAUGCCGUUAGAGAGAAUCUAGUUCAGUAGGACAAGAUUGGGUUUUCAGGAGUGAGCAAAUGUCAGACCCUCUUCACAGGACUAUAUAUAGUCUGUCAGGCAAAUAGCGGUGGCUGACCCCUGUAGAGGGGCAAGGUUCUUUCAUAGAGCAACAAAGCCUGGAAGACGACUAGCCGUGGCCGACCCCUGUAGAGGGGCAAGGUUCUUUCAUGGAGCAACAAAGCCUGGAAGACGACUAGCCAUGGCUGACCCCUGUAGAGGGGCAAGGUUCUUUCAUAGAGCAACAAAGCCUGGAAGACGACUAGCCGUGGCCGACCCCUGUAGAGGGGCAAGGUUCUUUCAUGGAGCAACAAAGCCUGGAAGACGACUAGCCGUGGCUGACCCCUGUAGAGGGGCAAGGUUCUUUCAUGGAGCAACAAAGCCUGGAAGACGACUAGCCGUGGCCGACCCCUGUAGAGGGGCAAGGUUCUUUCAUGGAGCAACAAAGCCUGGAAGACGACUAGCCGUGGCCGACCCCUGUAGAGGGGCAAGGUUCUUUCAUGGAGCAACAAAGCCUGGAAGACGACUAGCCGUGGCCGACCCCUGUAGAGGGGCAAGGUUCUUUCAUGGAGCAACAAAGCCUGGAAGACGACUAGCGGUGGCCGACCCCUGUAGAGGGGCAAGGUUCUUUCAUGGAGCAACAAAGCCUGGAAGACGACUAGCGGUGGCCGACCCCUGUAGAGGGGCAAGGUUCUUUCAUGGAGCAACAAAGCCUGGAAGACGACUAGCCGUGGCCGACCCCUGUAGAGGGGCAAGGUUCUUUCAUGGAGCAAUAAAGCCUGGAAGACGACUAGCCGUGGCCGACCCCUGUAGAGGGGCAAGGUUCUUUCAUGGAGCAACAAAGCCUGGAAGACGACUAGCCGUGGCCGACCCCUGUAGAGGGGCAAGGUUCUUUCAUGGAGCAACAAAGCCUGGAAGACGACUAGCGGUGGCCGACCCCUGUAGCACACUAGGUCUCAAACCUGUCCUUGGGACCUCAAGCCAUUUCAUGUAUUUGAUCUAUUCCAGAACUAGCACACCUGAUUCAACCUUUCAACUAAUCAUCAAGCCUUGUGUAGGUGAAUCAGGUGAGCUAGUUUAGAGCUAGAUCUAAAUUGUGAAAAGUCUGGGGAGAGGUUUGAGAACCACUGCUGUAGAGGUGAACUAGCACUGCUGUAGAGGUGCAAGGCUCUUUUAUGGCGCAACACAGCUUGGCAACCUAGUGCCAGUCUGUCACACUAGUCCGCUAGUACUGGAAUGCAGUGUUCCAUUGUUGGAGUGCAACCUGCCUCAAAGCAUUAUAAAGCCUCUGCCAAGAGGCUCAGACUUUUAUUGCACAGGAGGUUUCCUUGUAGCAAAGUCACUGGUUCCAGCUCCCUUAUUCACCACACAAUCAAAAUAAAUACAGUUGGAAGAUAGAACUGCUUGUCUUGAUCCGUUAUGUUAUUUGCAUGUCACUUUUGUUUGUAUGGAUCUGUAAUGGUACCUUUGUCGAGAGCUCUGUUACUACGUGUCAGUAAUUUAUGUACACUGACUGAAUGAGAGGUGUGUACACAAUCAAAAUGCCAUAGUCAGCUGUGGUUGUGUAGACUGAAUGAUACAGAUGACACAAGCUGCAUUUUUGCCCAUAGCUCACAGUUCCUGGUGUCUACCGUAGGUGUAGGAGUGUUGGUGGUGCUCUGAGAGAGUGUGUGUGUGUGGCGGUGCUCUGAGAGUGUGUGUGCCCAGAGCGAGCCACCAUGCCCGUGACAUCACAGCUGUUCCGAGGCUUCCCUCGAGCGAAGCUCUGGGGUUCCGCCCUGUUCCCAUGCCAACGCCAGCUCCCCUGCUGCCCCACCUCGUCGCAGCCCCACCCCAUAAGGCCGACAGCCAUGCCCGUGCGUGGCUACAGGAGGAGCCCUGACCUCCACAGCUACAAUCUCACCCCCCCACAGGUCAACUCAAUCCUCAAGGCCAACGAGUACAGCUUCAAGGUUCCAGAGUUUGAUGGUAAGAAUGUGUCGUCGGUGAUGGGGUUCGACAGUAACCAGCUGCCUGCCAACGCACCCAUCGAGGACCGGCGCAGCGCUGCCACCUGUCUGCAGACGCGGGGGAUGCUGCUGGGAGUGUUCGACGGCCAUGCGGGCUGUGCCUGUGCACAGGCGCUGAGUGAGAGGUUGUUCUACUACGUAGCAAUGUCCUUGAUGCCCCAUGAGACCCUGUGUGAGCUGGAGGCUGCAGUAGAGGCAGGCAGACCCCUCAGCCCCAUCCUGCAGUGGCACAAACACCCCAACGACUACUUCACCAGGGAGGCACAGACUAUGUACUUCAACAGCCUCAGAACCUACUGGCAGGAACUCAUAGACCUCAGCAGUCCAGGGGAGAGCCUAGGGCCCAGAGAGGCGUUGCUGAGUGCCUUUAAGAGACUGGACAGUGACCUGUCUCUGGAGGCUCAGGUGGGAGAUGCCAAUUCCUUCCUCCACUACUGGGUUUUGAGAGUGGCCUUCUCUGGAGCGACUGCCUGCGUAGCUCACAUCGAUGGAUCCGACCUGUAUGUAGCGAACACGGGCGACGGCCGGGCGGUGCUGGGGGUCCAGGAGGAGGACGGCUCAUUCAGCGCUCACACGCUCUCCAACGACCACAACGCCCAGAAUGAGAACGAGGUGGCCCGCAUCCAGGGGGAGCACCCCCUCUGAGAGAAGAAGACUGUCGUUAGCCAGGACCGGUUGUUGGGCCUGCUGAUGCCGUUCCGUGCAUUUGGAGAUGUGAAGUUCAAGUGGAGCAUUGACUUGCAGCGAGGUGUGUUGGAGUCAGGACCAGACCAGCUCCAUGACAACGAACAUACCAAGUUCAUCCCCCCCAAUUACCACACCCCUCCCUACCUCACGGCCGAGCCUGAGAUCACACACCACCGCCUCCGACCUCAGGACCGCUUCCUGGUGCUGGGUACAGACGGGCUGUGGGAGACGCUCCAUCGACAGGAGGUGGUCCGGAUCGUAGGGGAGUAUCUAACGGGGGUCCACCAGCGCCAGCCCCUCACCGUGGGGGGUUACCAUGUCACCCUGGGACAGAUGCAGGGGCUGCUGGCUGAGAGGAAGGCCCGUGCCUCCUUAGCGUUCCAGGACCAGAACGCUGCCACCCACCUGAUUCGCCACGCGGUGGGCAACAAUGAGUUUGGAGCAGUGGACCACGAGACGCUGUCCAAGAUGCUGUCUCUGCCUGAGGAACUGGCCCGCAUGUACCGCGACGACAUCACCAUCAUCAUCACACAGUUCAACCCCCACGUGGUUGGACACCAGCGCCAAGGGGGGGAGUCCUGAGCCAGCUCAGCCUAUCAGAGGGGAACGUGGACAUGAACAGGAAAAACACUGAUGUGAGGACUGGGUCCUGCUACAGACACAUGGUUAAGCUCUAAUCUUUAUUUGACCAAACACACACAAAACAUACUGUUAAUGGACUAACCCUGCAGAGGGAGGACUGCCUACCUUCGGACUCCUUAUUUUAGGAUUGUUAUUGAAGAGGUGCGUGUACAGUAUGUGCACAUGUGAGCACACAGUCCUGGUCAUGUGGAUUGUUGAAAUGCUUGCUGAUACUGAUCACAAGUUGGCUCUUUUCUGAGUGUUGUGGCCUGGUGUGUGUGUGAAGCUUUUUAAAGGAUAUUUGAUCAACCUCCCUGCAGCAUUCUGCUUCUCUGCUCUGUCACAGUCUCUGCCCAUAGGAAACUUUAAUUUGUGCCGAAAGAGUGUGCUGCUUUAUAACUAUGUUGUCUGAGCAUUGAGGUAAUGAUACGGUGGCAGCCUUUGUGUUUGUUCAAUCUGGCCUGUCUACUCCUCUACAAACAUCCCUCCCUCUUUCAUAUCACAGAUUCUGUGCUGUGCAGUUGCAGCAUCUGUCUUGCUCUAGAGCUGCAACUGGCCUCCAUCCUGGCUCUACCGCAUGGCUCUGCUGUUACAUAGUAGGGCUCUGUCUGUCUGUGUUCUGUCAUUGGAUGGAUCCGUGUCCUUUAUACUUGUUACAGACGGACAGCCAAGAGCUCCCAGGCACACUUCUUGUUAUCUUAUAUUUUGAAAAAUGUUUAUUUAAAAUGUUUUUAAUCUGAUUUCAAACAUGGACUAUUUUGUCAACCUUAGAGAGGAAUAACUGCCUGUGUCUAUAAAGCAGAUGUUAUUGCUCUGAGACAGACGGUGUCACUAAGAUAGGAACCAGUAGAGCUACGUAGUGUGCAAGCUUUAGAUCCAGCACUAACACCUCUAUCACAACUACUCACCCACAGGAAUCAGGUUUGUUAUGCGCUGAGUGUGUCUGAGAGAUUCUACAGCAGACUGAAGGAGUGGUGGUAUUCUGUAGAGGAGAGAGAGAGGGGUGUGUGAUGAGACGUUUAUUGUUUUAGGGUUGCAGAGUAUACAUGUUUAAAAGGAACAUAGUGGUUGAACCUCUCGUGUUUUUUGACAAUGAUACUCUCAUACGGGGGGAUAUGGUAUACUAACGUCAUCAUGCUUACAUGGUGUGUAUUCUAUAAAAAAUGUUUUUUAAAAGUUAACUUUUUAGUUUUUAACAGUGAAUCAUUGCUAGCUGGUGUCAGAUCUCUGUCUGAGGUAACCAUGGAAUUAGGAAUUGAACUGUAACCAUCUCCUGUCAUGUUCAUGCCAAACCUCCAGGAGUGACUAAAACAGAGACAGACUUAGUCACUGUUGGCAGGACACUAACCAUGGUGUGGUUCUAGGCUUGUAUAGGUCAGAUGAAGGGUGUGCAUCAUAUGAGGUUGUAUAUCUCAUGGUGGUGUAUAUUUAGGAGAGGAGAGAAUGUAAAGCUGAAGGUGGCUCUGUCUGGACGCUGGCUGAAUACUUGAAGGUUAUUUAUGCAACUUUUAAUAUGUCACAGGUAUUUAUCCACAAUUAUAUGAGAUGUGACAGGUAUGUAUGUACCGUGUCUUGACCUGUUUGGGCUUGAGACUAAAGUUUUUUUGUAUUUGGAAACUUAAUAAAACACUGACUACACACAA